UAAAUGUCAAUGUCACCGUGACAUUUGUGACUUGUGAGCAAGCGGUAAGAUAAGACUUCGUAAACGGUUUGUUGAAUGGUUUUUUUCCAAGAUGUCUGAAUCUGAGAGCGCCGACGUCGUUGACCAAGAAGUGAAACAUGAGCACAGUCCUCGAAAGCGAAUUAGACAUCGCAAGAAACAGCUCUAUGAGAAUAUUCUCAAACAAAUGGAGUUCUACUUUAGCGACGCAAACUUAACAAAAGAUAGGUUUCUCGCAGACUUGGUUAAAAGAAACCCUUACGUGCCUUUGGACAUGUUUCUCAAAUUCAACAAAAUUCGUACAUUAACACAAGAUGUUACCGAUAUAGCAAAAGCUAUGAAGAAUUCUAAAUUAUUGGAAUUGACUGAAGAUAAGUUAAAGAUCAAGAGGAAAACGGCAGUGGCACCAUAUGAUGCUGACUCUAGGACAGUUUAUGUUGAAUCUAUUCCAGUGACGGCUAGCAGGGAGUGGCUGCAAAGAGUCUUCUCUGAUUAUGGUCAUGUUGCCUACAUAUCAUUACCAAAGUUUAAAAAUUCACAGAAAAUUAAGGGUUUCGCUUUCAUAGAAUUUGAUAAGCCAGAAGACGCCCAGAAAUGUAUAAACACAUUUACCAAAAUGGGUUGUAAACUACCCACAUGCAUGCCACCAGAGGAACUGUCUUCUAUUAAGAUGUUUUCUGUUGAUGAGCCCUCUGAUGAUGUGUUAGAUAAAGAGGUUAAGGAAGACUAUGAGCCUCCUAAAAAGAAGAAGAAGAAGGACAAGAAGAUGCCUCAGAAGAGUCUAGAGCUGAAGCUUGGUAGUGAGUCUGAUAGUGAGAAGAGAGUGGAAACACCAACACCUACUGAUGAAAACAAAAGCAUAGCAAGUGUUACAACUCCAACAGAGGAAAACAAGCUAUUAGAUCUGGAAUCAAAAGAUGAGUUGACUAGUCACGACGAAGGCAAAGAGGGUGACACUCCAAGAAAGAAAAAAGCUAGGAAACGUACUGCCAAAGAACGUAGCAAGGCUAAGAAUAACCUAAGCAAGAAUGAAGCACCAAGGGGUGCAUUGUGGGGUCUACAAGUCCUAUCCAAGUCAGAAUGGAAAGCUCUUAGGAAUAAGUACUUGAAUCUGCAGCGAAAGUACAUGAAGGAAAUGAAGGCGAACUUACAUAAUAAGAAGCAUCAGUACUCCAGUAUACCUGCUCCUGCCGCGGCUUCUGUUGAAGUGGACCCUGGUUUGCCUUCAGCUCCGGUUGAGGGCUCGAAAAGCAUAGCCUCCAUAGAGAAAGUGCCAGGGUUAUUUGUGAAAGAAAUACUGCCUGAACCUUGUUUGGACGUGAGGCUUACUAAGAGAACGAUACGAAGUAACGUUCACGCAUUACAUGUCAAUGUCAAAGAAGGCCAGACGGAAGCAAUCAUCAGAUUCGAUACUCCAAAAGCGGCGGAAGAGUACUGCUCGGGCAGCGGGCGCAGCGCGCGCGUGGUGUCGGGCGCGGAGGAGCAGGCGCAGUGGGCGCUGGCCGAGGGCGCGCUGCUGCUGCGGCGCCCGCGCGGCCGCUGCCGCCUGCUGGCCGAGCAGCAGCGCGCCGCCCGCCCCGCCCCGCCCGCGCUCGCGCCCGCCUCGCCGCAGCCCACACACACGCACAUACGCUUCGAAGAUGAAUAAACACCACUAAUGACCUGUUCAUUUUCGCAAAUGUCACUCGGCAAUAAAAAUAAAUAAGCUAAUCAAUAAGCCAAAACCACAUUAGAACUAUUUACUUUCCUGUACACACAAUAACACUCUUUAAACAGGAAUGGUAAAAAAUGUGAUAGAAACUUCUUCAAAUGUCAAUUUAGAUCUUAGUGAUAACGAGAAACAGUAUAUUUAUGGUUAUUCAUAUGUAUAACAAAUUAUUGAAAUAAAAUACGAUAAAUACAA